AUGUCUGAGGACGACGUGAAGAUCCAGCCGCACGUGAGCUGGUUCUCUCCCCUCUUCGAUGCGGGCGGCUGCCAUGGUUUGCAGUUGGAGCUACAGGCCUGCUCAGAGCCAUUUGUGGUUGCCCUUGCUGUGCUCCCCUCGCAGAUCUUCCGCGUGAUGGACCCACCCCUGGAGGGCCAGGAGGUCGGAGACUGCGCCGUGUACCUCUGGGCGACCAAGGGCUGCAAUCUGGUCUACAAACUGGCGGUUGGAAGCAAGUCCCAGCUCCUCGAGAAGAAGUUUAAUGGAC